AUGGCGGCUUCUAAGCUUCAGGCUCUAUGGAACCACCCCGCCGGACCUAAAACAGCGGCUUCUAAGCUUUAUGCGCUAUGGAACCACCCUGCGGGACCUAAAACCAUUCACUUCUGGGCCCCGACAUGUAAAUGGGUUAUCAGCUUAGCAAAUGUGGCCGACUUCUCAAAACCGCCUGAAAUUAUAUCUUAUCCUCAGCAAACAGCGGUUACUUGCACUGGACUUAUCUGGUCACACUACAGCUUAGUAAUUACGCCGAAAAAUUGGAAUCUUUUUAGUGUAAACGUUGCAAUGGCUGCUACAGGCAUUUACCAACUUGCACGCAAAGUUCAGCACGAUUACUUCUCUGAGUGAGAGGUGGAUGUUGCAGAAGAAUGAUGACGAAAAUAUCUGAAUUGCAUCUUACAUC